CUUUCCAUUUGGCCUUUUUGGAAAGCCAUGAGUUCACAUAUCAUUAUUGUCUUUGUGACAGUGCUAUUCACCGUCGCUUCAAGUAGUCCCAUAGUCAAUGUGAAUAUCGAGGAUAAAUGUUGUGAUCAAGCUGCUGUCAAUGGGACCAACAACCCCAUAGUCAACGUCAAUAUUGAUGAUAAGUGUUGCGAGGGUCUCGAUGUGAAGAAAAUUGCGGAUGCUGUCUGUAAUACCAACUGUUCCUUCAGCAACCAGUACGUGUCGGAGUUUUGUAGAACAAAUGGUUAUGCCCUUCCCGGUAACGCCACAAAACCAGUCGUUUGAAGUUUGAAGCAGGAAAAAUUUUACGCAUUUGAACUUUCGUUUAACUAUUACAAUAAACAAACGUGC